UCAAACUUUUGUCUUGCUUUGCCUUUCACUCCAUCUUCCAGCUCGCGAUAACACUCUACGCACUCCCCUCUGCCAGAGCGCGUCGUAUACCAAACAAUUACUCCUUCGGCCAUCUCACCCACAAAGCCAACCAGCAUGUCGAACUCUCAAAAAAGAGAAAAGCUUGAUAUCGAGUCCCCAGAGGAACGCGAAGCCCGUCUCGGUCAGCUGUUAUCUAGUAUCUCUACCGGGACAAAAUCGUCAGAUACUGAGCCCUCAACACCUUCAAACCCCUUACCAAGUCGGCCACAUGCCAUGCCCGAGAGCGAUGUUUUGGCUCGCGUACGGGCCUUCCUACCCCAAUUCCAGGCCGCCAACGAGGACCUGCUCAAGCGCGCAAAGGAAGAUCCAGAUUCGGUGGAUAUCGAGAAAGGCCAGGGUCAACACAUUGCCAUGGAUCUUGGCCUGGGUGUGUUCGAUGCCCCUGAGAACCCUUCGAGCGACAUGGGGCCUAUCAUCGAAAGCACAGUGCCAGAAGGCUUCCAACAACGGCAAGAUGAAGAGAGCGAGGAUGAAAGCAGCAGCGAUAGCGACAGUGAAGGCACCAGUAGUAGUUCAGAGUCAGGCGAGAGUGUGUCAGCCGCAAAGUAAUUCGACGUGAAUACGCUAGACUUUUGUUUGUGUUAUUGUACGCAUCUAAUAUGUACUCGUACUGUACAUGAUGAAGAUUGAGGGAGUUAGGAAGCCUUUAUAGACUCGUGGUUUCUUAUUCGCUUAUCAAUUGACUCACCAAAUCGUUGUCUCCGAACACUGCCUUCGUACUCGUAUACCUGCACCGUGCCGUGCCACUCAGAAUGCCGCCGCGAUGACCGUCGGGCGUCAGCUUCGCCGCGUCUUUAACAAUCCAUG